AUGGCAGAGGAGCAUCAAAUGGUUGUUCGGGAGGUAGCAAUGCCUAGUAUUGCCAAUGUCACCUCUAGCAUUGUGAAGCCCAGAGUCACUGGGCACUUUGAGCUGAAACAAAGCAUGAUCCAGCUACUUCAUGUGAAUAGGCAGUUUAUAGGUCUUCCACACGAGGAUCCACAACAGCAUAUCCUGAACUUCUUGGAGAUUAGUGACACUUACAUCACUAACGGAGUCACUCCAAACUAUGUGAGGCUUACACUUUUUCCGUUCUCACUGUUGGGCGAAGCAAAGCGAUGGCUGAAGGCAGAACCAGCUAAUUCUAUUACCUCAUGGAAUGAUUUGGGUCACACGAGUGACUUAUGCCCCGCUAAUCCAGAGUCUGUCUGCUUUGUGGGUAAUGCAAAUAGGGGCCAAACAAACCAAUAUGGGAACACUUACAAUUCCAACCGGAGGAACCACCCAAACUUCUCUUGGAGUGGAAACCAAGGUACUCAGAAUCAAUACAGGCCUCAAGAACCUCAACAGCAAUAUAGACCACCUCAGGAUGAACAACAAGCGAGUCCAACAAGUCACCUUGAAGACAUGUUGAAAAAAGUGAUGGCUGAACAGCAAUCCCUCGCUCAGAAAUUUAUGGCUGAGCAGCAAGCCCAAGCCGCAACAAUGAGAAAUUUGGAGCACCAAAUGGGACAGCUUGCUAGUGCUCAAAACACUAGACCGGUUGGAGCUCUUCCCAGUGACACUGAAGCUAAUCCUAAGGCAUCCCUUAAUGUCGUGUCAUUGAGGAAUAGGAGACAAUUAGAAGAAGUUCAGUCGAAAAAGAGAAAACAGGUGAAUUUUGAUGAGAGGCCAGACACUAUAGAAUCAACAUCAGAAAAAUCUAAGGAGUCAGAGAAGCCAGCUGGAGAGGCGGUGGUUGAGAUACCCCCACCAUUGGUUGCAAGGACACCACCUCCGUUCCCUAAAAGAUUGCAGAAUGUGCAAAUUAAUAUUCCGUUGGUUGACAUCUUGCAAGAAGUGCCCAAAUAUUCAAAGUACAUCAAGGACAUAGUGAAAAAUAAAAGGAGGCUGAUCGAAUUCGAAACUGUGGCACUCAUUGAGGAGUGUAGUUCAAGAAUUAAAGGCAACCUACCUCAGAAAUUGAAGGAUCUAGGAGUGAUUGAAAAUGUGUUAGUUCAAGUGGUUUCUUUCAUAUUCCCUGCUGAUUUCAUUAUCUUGGAUUACGAGCCUGAUCAGGAAGUCCCAUUUAUUUUAGGGCGUCCAUUCUUAGCCAUGGGUCGAGCUAUUAUCGAUGUUUGCGAAGGAAAGAUGACAAUGAGAGUGGGUGAUCGAGUGGAGGUAUUCAAUGUUUAUAAAGCACUCAAGUUACCAGCCCACUAUGAAGAGCUAUCCAUGAUUUCUGUGGUGGAAAGUGAUGCUACAUCAUUAGUGCCUUAUAUGAGCCCUGUAGAUCCUCUUGAACGAGCUUUGAUUGGGGAUGAAGAAGAUAGUAAAGAUGAAAUGACGGGAGAAAUUGAGCAAGUACUUGAUAUGCCAUGCAAUUAUGUCCAUGGGUUUGGAAAAUUUGAGGAGUUGGACAGACAGGUCACUUUGACCCCUCCAAAGCCAUCUAUUGAAGAAGCCCCAAAGCUAGAACUUAAGCCUCUACCAGCGCACCUGCGUUAUGCUUAUUUGGGGAACUCUGAGACAUUUCUCGUGAUUAUUUCCUCCAGCUUGACUAACACUAAAAGAAAAAUUGCUCAGAGUACUCCGCGAGCAUAA